GGAGGAUUGGAGGGAAGACAAAGCAUCAGAUUAUCCAAUCCAACGCUUACAAUGGCGCAAAGGAGCGCGUGAAGAAUCGUAAGGUCUAUUUUCGAAUCUCGCAAUCGCACAUGCUCUGCCCUCUUUUCUCCUACAUUCAUCCAUCAAAACCAAGAAAAUUUUCACAUUUCACUUUCCCAUUACGAAGAAACAACCAACUGUAAAAGGAAAAAAGGGAAAAUACCGAGUGUGUUUAUAAUUUCCCACUCUCUUCCUUGCUAUUUCUAGCGCAGCUUCCAUUUCUGCUGCAAUUUCUUCCAUUUUCUUAUCUGGGUUUUGCUUAGCUAGAUGAAAUACUGAUUCCCAUUGAUCGAAAAAGAGAAUUAGAGAUCUGGGUGGUGUGAUUUUGUUUAUUUUUUUUUCUUGAUUUCUGGGUUUCUGUAUGUCUCGAACACCGAAUUAUGAGUUCCAAGAAUGGUGGAACAAGCAGAGAGAGAGGAACCAUGAUGAACACUUACUGGAAAAGUCCGACAACUUAUCGACCUCACCUGCAUUUCUCUCUGUUGAGAUCCGGAGUUCUGGGAGUCCUGAAGAUCGGAUGGUCGAUAAGGACCGAGCGAGGACCAGGAGUGCUCGCCAGAUUUCUUGGGUUUGGCUGUUGAAAUUCCAGCAGAUUGCUGGUUCAUUGGCUUCAAUCACCAAUGGCGUCGUUUAUCUAAUUCGUACUGCUAAUCGUCGGAUCUCAUCGCCGGAUUCUCCAGCUGAUUCGGCCUCGUCUCGGCUGUACAGGAUUAUCAAAGUGUUCUUGAUUGUAGUGCUUCUAUUACUCGUUUUUGAGCUUGUGGCGUACUUCAAUGGCUGGCAUUUCAGCCCUCCUUCUGUGAGUUCCGCUUCUGCGGAAGUGCUUGGAAUGAUAGGGUUUCUAUAUGCUAAUUGGCUUCAGAUUCGGGCAAAUUACCUGGCUCCACCGCUGCAGUACUUGACCAACCUCUGCAUUGUGUUGUUCCUGAUCCAGUCAGUGGAUCGUUUGCUUUUAAUGUUUGGGUGUUUUUGGAUCAAGUUCAGGCGAUUGAAGCCUGUUGCGGCAUUUGAGUACUCUUCCACAGACGAAAAUGCUGCUACUCCUGAGGAUUAUCCAAUGGUAUUGGUGCAGAUUCCCAUGUGCAAUGAAAGGGAGGUUUAUCAACAAUCUAUUGCAGCUGUUUGUAUCCAGGAUUGGCCAAAGGAUAAAAUGCUUGUACAGGUUUUAGAUGAUUCUGAUGAGCUAGAUGUUCAACAACUUAUCAAGGCUGAAGUACAAAAAUGGCAACAGAGAGGUGUCCGCAUAUUGUAUAGACACCGCCUCAUACGUACAGGCUACAAGGCAGGGAAUCUCAAAUCUGCAAUGGGGUGCGAUUAUGUAAAAGAUUAUGAGUUUGUGGCAAUCUUUGAUGCAGAUUUUCAGCCAGGACCAGACUUUUUGAAGAAAACAAUUCCACAUUUUAAGGGGAAUGAUGAACUUGCAUUGGUCCAAACAAGGUGGUCAUUUGUGAACAAGGACGAAAACUUGCUCACAAGAUUGCAGAACAUAAAUUUGUCCUUCCAUUUUGAAGUUGAGCAGCAAGUAAAUGGCAUGUUUAUCAACUUUUUUGGUUUCAAUGGUACUGCUGGAGUUUGGAGAAUUAAAGCUUUGGAAGAAUGUGGGGGCUGGUUAGAAAGAACAACUGUUGAGGACAUGGAUGUUGCAGUUCGUGCCCAUCUUUGUGGCUGGAAGUUCAUAUAUCUAAAUGAUGUGAAGUGCCUAUGUGAACUUCCAGAAUCAUAUGAAGCAUACAAGAAACAACAGCACCGCUGGCAUUCAGGCCCUAUGCAGUUAUUUCGUUUGUGCUUCUCUGACAUACUCAAAUCAAAGGUGAGUUGGAAGAAGAAAGCUAAUUUGAUUUUUCUUUUCUUCCUCUUGCGAAAGCUCGUCCUUCCCUUCUAUUCCUUUACCUUGUUCUGCAUAAUUCUCCCCCUUACCAUGUUCCUUCCUGAAGCUCAUCUACCAGCUUGGGUCGUUUGCUAUGUUCCCGGGAUCAUGUCCAUCUUAAAUAUUCUUCCCGCACCGCGAUCAUUUCCGUUUUUAGUCCCCUAUCUUCUAUUUGAAAACACGAUGUCUGUUACCAAAUUCAAUGCCAUGAUAUCAGGGUUAUUCCGCUUUGGUAGUUCAUAUGAAUGGAUAGUAACGAAAAAACUAGGAAGAUCAUCUGAAAACAAUCUUGUUGCUUUUGAGAAAGAACUAGAACCUCUAGUUGAGGGUACAAGUCUUCAUCGAUCUUCCUCAGAAUCAGGUCUUCAGGAACUGACCAAGCUCGAGAUAUCGAAAAAAGCAGGGAAACACAAAAGAAAUCGUCUGUAUAGGAAGGAAUUGGCUCUUGCAUUCAUUUUGUUAACCGCCUCGGCUAGAAGUCUGUUAUCUGCUCAAGGAAUUCACUUCUACUUCCUAUUAUUUCAGGGUAUCACUUUUCUAGUAGUCGGUCUCGAUUUAAUCGGAGAGCAGGUCAGUUAAAUUAUGUUGUUACGAUUUUGGAGUUAGUUCUAAACGAAAUAACCCGAGAAGCAGAUGGGUUACUUACUGGUCAUCUGUGACCUACCUACAAAUCAAAAUCUUUUGCAAUGUGAUGAUAUUAGAGCUGAACCAUAAUAGUUCAGUUAGUGUUCAUAAUCUCGUUCGCUCUCAAUUGAAGCUGCAGAUCACUUCUUGCUCGUGUAUUUGAGAUGAAUUACUUCUGAUUGUGGAACUGUUAUGUUGUAGUUUUGAUCAAUUCAAGUAGAGCAAAGGAUGUGAGAUGUUAAAAUUAUAGAAAGAUAAAAAAAAAAGACCAUGAAAUUGUUGGGGAAAGAUUGUGAUAAAUUAGAGCAUUGUAUACUUGCAGGUGCCAAGAGCAGGAAAUUCUGAGAUUAUUGGAACCUUGAUUCUUUAUUUUUGUCAAACUGAUAAUUUCUGUACCAUGAACAUAUAUUUCAUUGUAUGUGUUGAAAUUCAUUGAUGUUCUGAAACUUGAAUUAUUUAAAGACAAAUAGCAAGGUUGUCAUUUCUCCCAA